AGUUCAACUAAUGAGAUACAGAGGAAACGUUGCAGCAACAUGGCGGACAUUCAAACGGCGGCAGUAGAAUUCGGAUUUUACUCUAAGGUUAUUAACUGCGUCUUUUAGUGACACAGUGGGGAAAUCAACUUUAACCAUAAUGUUGUGGUUUGAAAUUAUAAAGGAAUAGCUAUGAGUGGAAGGAGAAAGCACUGUGCCUCUCCAAGUCGCCCCCGUUUAGACGAACGUGAAACGCAGCGGAUGUCCAGGCUCUCUCAAAAUAAAGCAAAAAGCAACAAGUUGAGCAGGUCUCUGAGACAAACACAGCAGUCACCCUCCCUCGAAUCGUCAUUUAACUAUAAAAACGACUUGAAGACUCCGAAAAGACGCACACAAAUCAGGCUUAACGGUUUGAGCAGUGCAGACUCUCCAAAUCAUGACAUAGAGGAUAUCAUAUGGGAUGCCACCUCACCUACACCUGUCCGGAAUGGUAAACGGGCUGCUAAAUCAUCCAGAAAGGUUGUGGACAUUUCAGAAAUCGUCAGUCGGAUAGCUCCCGUGGGUGAGAGGCCGAGCGCUUCUGAAUGUAACUUACUCCAGUGGAUUGGAGACAGUGCUAUUCCAUGUACUCCUGAUGUCAGGUACCAGCGGACCCGGAAGAAAUCCACAAGGCAGAAUGGUGUGGAGGACCUUAGGAAGCUAGCCAAGCAGUUUGACAUUAAUAUGAUUCAGCAAGAAAAGGAGCAGGCAAAAGAGGUUGAUCCACGGGCCGCGGAGACAGACACGGGCGACGCCGGGACUCUGAGAGACGGUGAAAUCGACCCACCCAUCUUGCUGAAUAAACCGGGGAGCACCGGCGAGGGGACGGCCCCCAGGAACACUAACAUUGCCCAACAGAUGCCUCAGGAGCACGAAGAGCCCAGACUGGAAUCCGAGGAGAGCCUGGACGUGCUUUUUGAUAGGUCAACUCAGCCCCUCAGUGAGGUGCUGACCCCGAACACACCCGUCCAAUCACAGGAGAUGAUACUGACCCCUCCCGGGCCAUCUGUUGAAAAGGCGGUUAAUUCUGUUACCAGUAACCUUCCCUUAGUGUCUGCUGAUAAUACAAACAAGGUUCCCAAGGUGAGUCAGGACUUCGAUGAUGACUGGGAUGACGAUUUACUCAACGACUCGUUUGUGCUUGAGAUGACACUAAACCCGCCGCUUGCCGUAGCUCCCAAGCAGUGCUCGACGCAGACAGACCAGAGUGAGAAAAAGGGUGAGCAGGUUAAAUCGGUCCAGUCAUCCACUGCUGACCGCAUUGCAGACUCUGACAAGCCUAACCCUAAGCCUAACCCUAAGCCUAACCCGGGAGGAGAUGUCAGCAGCAUUGGCUCCGCUCUGAUUUUUCCAGGGAAGAAUGUAAAGGUCAGAAACAGAAUAACUUUCAAAUUGGAGGGGAACCCCCAUUUCCAGCCACAAGGAACACUUUCUGGAACAUUCAUGAAGGGCCGUUCCACCAGUGGUGGGGUACCUGAGGUAGAGACUCAAAGCAGUUUUUGUCCAAGCCAUGUUUCCAUGGCAACCAGGCACCAAGGUGACAAAAUGACCCAGCACAUUCCUGAUAAGCAGCAGGAGAGGGCACCACUGAGGUCGUUUGGUGUCAGAGAGACCUUGGCGACCUUGAACAGCUCCCGCCCCAUGCCGUCAGUCCGGGCCGGAGACCAGACGCUGGUAGGCCAAAGCUGCUUGACCUCAGAAAGGCCAGCCAGUAUGGGCCUGGGCUGUGCCCAGGAGGUCCCAGAUGAAGAUUUGGAUUCAUUUUUCACGUCUGACUCGCUUUGGGAUGACGCCGAAGAUGAUGACUUGCUGUAUGAACUCUGUAACGAUGUGGAAAAGACUUUGCAAAGUGCCGGAAUCCCCUCCCUACCACGUGCUGAACAGUGCAGAGUUAAUCCCAUCCCCCUCCUGGGCAGUGAGGAUGGUCAGCUGACCCGAGUCACACAUAGGCAGCCGAAGUCCCCCUGUGCCUUCACCUGUUCCUUCUCAGUACCAGCAAGCAACGCCUCUGUUCCAUUGGCCCCUCCCAUUGCUUCCCACAGCAACCAAUCCCAGGGCAAGGCAGUUGGGUCAGCCUCUAGGAGUUACACCACCUCGAACACAGGUCCUUCAGGGAACGGGAACAGGCCGUACAAGUUCACGCAAGUGAGAAGCGCUACGGUGGGAGGUUCGACCCGUGGGCCUGCAGGUGGCGUUCAGGAGGGCGGGAAAAAGACGUCAUUGCCAGCGUCCACGGGAAGCGUGGCAGAACCCCCCCGGGCGAGCUCCUUCAAGCGGCACCUGUCUGAGCCCAUAGCCCUCUCUACCAAGGUGUUCGUUUCCAGCCAGGUAGCUGUGAAAUGUACCAAGGAGGAAAUCGAAAGGAAGAAGCAGCAGGCUCUGGCUCGGCGACGUCUGCGGUUGCAGGCCUCUCAGAGGCCCCGGGCCCCGACCUGAGGGGCCCGCUCUCCAGACCUGCUGUCCUUAUUUUACCUGGGACCUGAGAAGGACCCUCUGUCAGAGGUCCACCCUUUACCCUCCAGAUCAGCACUGGCUUUCAAAGCUGAGUGCUAGUAGUGAAGAGAUGCAUGGUGGGCUCGGGGAACGUGGGAUGAACCCCCCGGCUCUUUUAUAGAGGGAGGCCGUUCCAUUUCAACAAGGAGAGAGACCUAAAAAUGAGCAUUUUUCAAGCUUUAAGUAGAGCAGUUAAACAGAGGCGUCCCAGGGUUUUGAAGAAGCUCAGCCCGCGUUGGUGUGAAAUGAAAUAUUAAGUGCACUUCUGAAGACCAAAUGGCGCCUUCUGUGGCCACCAGCUGUCAUUGCAACAGCAAUGCAGUCUUUAUAAAUAAGUUAAUGUGGUCCCCGUUGUUUUUAUCUGUGGAGCUGAGCCGCACAGCCUCACUCAAGGAUAUGGAAGAUGUCUCUCCGUCUUUCUCUCUGAGCAUGCCAGCUCCUGAUCACCUCAUUACAAUCACUAAUCGUUUGUUUUCCUUCGACGGAGAAGGAAAAUAAGCAAGGUGUUAAGCAACCGGUCCGUUUUGGCAGAUUGGCAGCCCCUGCACCUGCCAUCUCGUCUGUCAGAAGUCUCCUCUGGGUUCAGAUGCCUUUCCACCUCCUUGCUAAUGCCCUCAGCAAAGCUAAUAACUGUAACGUGAUAGUCUCGCCCCUUUAAUAAUGGAUAAGCUUUGCAUAAGUGUGAGAUUCCCAAUCAGUCCUCUGUUUAACUGCCUUCACAUAAACAGUAUUGUGGUCUUCUGUGUUGGUUUUGUGAUGUUUUUUUGUUGUGUAAAAGUUUUGCACAGAAGUGAGUGUUAAUCACAGUGGUGGAGGGAGUGUGAUUUUGUUUGAGCAGAUGAGUGUGUCGAUUACGCAGCGAAUGGCUCUCACAGUCCUCUAAUACAUUCUUUAUUAAACAAUGGUAAUGCUUUUUUA